UUUAUAGAAGUUGAGGAAACACACGUACCUUUGCAGUGCUGAAGCUUCUGAAACCAUUACUUCACCAUGACAAAAUGUGGUGGUGAAACUGCUCUUUGAAUAACUGGAAAUACAGAGAAAGCAUGUCCAACUCCACGGGUGAGCUGUGUGCACAGAACGACACCAUCUGCACAAUAAGGGAGCAUCAGCCGGCAGUGAUUAUCGUCCCCACGCUGCUCCUACUCAGCACCCUGGUCACCUUAGUGCCCCUGUUCAUAUUGAAGUAUUGUGGGGAACAGAAUCGGACACGGGUCAGAACCCCCCAACAAUACCAAAGGUCAUCCCACAGACACACACAGAGGAAAAGCCACCACAGCAACAAUCAUCACAAGAACCACAACCACAGACCUCAUCUAAGUGGUAUUGAUGCACCCCCUGGCAUCAACCCACUGGAACAUGAAGAGCUGCCAAUGUCGGUUACACAUGUGCAGCAGAAUGUCGGGCCAACUAUGGCUGCAGUGCCACAGAGAUCCACAGAGAGGCACCUUGGAGCCUUCAGCCAGGUCACAACACUGCCUCUGACUUUGUUCAUCAAUGAUAAUGACACAGUCAGCUUCUACAGAGCACGCAUGGACAACAAGGAUGCUGUCCUAAGGGUCCUGAAAGAAUCAGCGACCAGCAGGGAGAAACAGCAGUUUUUGGGGUUUGCUUCCUUCGUGUCUGGACUGGGGCCGCAUCCCUUCAUCCCCGCACUGCUCGGCGUGAUUUCAGCGCAGUCGCCUUUAGUCAUGGUGGUGGAAGAGCUGCAGCACAGGGACCUGCUGGGGUUCCUGUGGAGAUGUAGACAGGAUAACUCGAGCUCACAGUCUUCCUGUGACAUGACGGAGAAGCGGAUCUUCACCAUGGCGGCACAGGUGGCCUCUGCUCUGGACUACCUGCACAGUCAGAGCUGCAUCCAUGGCAAUGUGGGAGCUCGCAGCGUUCUGAUUGGUGGAGACCUGACGGCUAAGCUGUGGGGGUUCGGGCCGGCCUACCGCAGGAGGUCGCAGGCCGGGUUACCAGGAGAAGUGGAGGCUGUGGAGAUGAAGAAGUGGCAGGCCCCUGAAGUGCUGGCCAUGAGACCCGUGACUAAGAGCAGCGAUGUAUGGUCGUUCGGCAUCCUCAUCUAUGAAAUGGUCACGUUAGGUGACCCACCGUUCCCUCAGCUCAUGGCGACUGAACUCCUGCAGCAUCUCCAAAGAGGAAAUCACCUCAGCCAGCCACCCACCUGCCCCAAGCCACUGUACUCCAUUAUCAGGUCAUGCUGCCACUUCAACACCAAGAACCGGCUCUCCACGUCGGAGCUGAUCAGGACGCUGCACGCGGGAGAAAAAUCAGCCAAUGGGAGGACAGUUAUCAGAGUGACUGAACCAUUCAUCUUUGAGAAAUACCUGAGGGAGGCGGGAUACGGAGAGGCGUACAGCUAUGCUGUCCUCUGAUUGGCUGGAUCAGUGAGGCGCACUUUCCUGAAGUUCUGGUGCAAGAUUGAAGGAACUCUAGCAGAAAUGUGCACAUUGUAACCGUUAUUUUUUAUUCAGUUGUACUGUAGGAAAACCUACAGAGCGUCUUAUGGCACAAUCACUUUAUAUUUUUAAAGCACGAUAUAUUAAUUGUACACAUGUAUU